AUGUCGGAGAGCCUCUUAACCCCGAAGUCAAACUACGGCGAUUGGCGCGACUUCUUCUUCGAACAUGGCUACGCCAUCAUUAAGAACGCUAUUACUCCUGAACGAGCUGAGUAUUACAAAUCAAAGCAGGUUGAAUGGCUCAAGUCUUUCAAUCGUGGCUUCGAUCCGGAAAACGAAGACACUUGGACCUCUGAGCACCUCCCCGUCUCGUUCAAGGGUGGCAUGUACGGGUCCUACUGCGCCCCACAUGAGCGAUUCGCGUGGGAAGCAAGAAUGGAGCCUGGAGUGAUGAACCCAUUCAUUCAUAUCUGGGAGACAGAGGAGUUGUUGGUCAGUUUUGACAUGUUCAACAUUACACUUCCUCGCCAGAAGGACUUGAAGUGGUCUCCAUGGCCCCACUGUGACCAGGAUCCCAAGAGGAAGGGCCUUCAGUGCAUCCAAGGUCUUCUCAACUUCGCCCCCAAUGGGGAUGACGAUGGCGGCCUCAUCCUGAUGGAUGGCUCCGCCAAGCUCUACGAUCAAUUCUUCAGGGAGACAAGAGAAAUGGCAAACCAUGAAGACGCCCCACCUCCCGAAGCGAAUUAUCGUGACCUGUUCAUUUUCAAGGAAGAGGAUGUCAAGUGGUUCGAGGACCGUGGGUGUCGCCUCAUCAAACCCAACCUUGAGCCAGGCGACCUGGUGCUCUGGGAUUCACGAUCGAUGCAUUACGCCAAACAUCCCACGGGAACUCAAAUCAGACACGCGCAGUACGUCUGCUUCACGCCCGUCAAAUUCGCCGACCCACAGGCAUUGAAGGAGAAAGCGGACAUUUUCCGUUCAUGGGGAGGUACCACGCACUGGCCGCACACAAACAUUCAUCCCCAAGGAAAGGCAAAGAGGGACGGAAUUCUUGACCCACAAGAGCGCGAGGAACCUCUGGAGAAGCCUAUCGUGACGGACAGGCUGUUGCAAUUGGCGGCUGUGAAGGCAUAUUGA